UCGAUCCAUUACCCCGUCCGCUGUUUCCCCUGACCAGCAGACCGCUGCCGAGAGCCCGAGACAGUGCCCGCUGCCAGCCAACCGCCGACGCAGUCCACAAGCGAUGAAGCGCUUCUUCCAGCCAGUGCCCAAGGACGGCUCCCCGUCCAAGAAGCGGCUAGCGGGUGCUGCUGAACCGGGCGACGGCCCCACAUCAGCCGGUGCCGCCACCGGCGCUGGCGGGGAUGUAGAGGGGAGGCCCACCGAGGAGCCGUUCAAGUUCCUGACGUGGAACGCCAACAGCCUGCUCCUCCGGAUGAAGAGCGACUGGCCUGCUUUCUCGCAGCUCGUCGCCCGCCUUGACCCCGACGUCAUUUGUGUCCAGGAAGUGCGGAUGCCGGCAGCUGGUUCCAAAGGGGCACCUAAAAACCCCAGUGAACUAAAAGAUGACACAAGCUUGUCACGGGAUGAAAAGCAGGUAGUUCUACGUGCUUUGUCAGCUUCACCUUUCAAAGACUACCGUGUCUGGUGGUCUCUUUCAGAUUCAAAAUAUGCUGGGACAGCUAUGUUUAUAAAGAAAAAGUUUGAGCCUAAGAAGGUGUCUUUCAACUUGGAUAGAACAUCUUCUAAGCAUGAAGCCGAUGGGCGUGUUAUAAUUGCGGAAUUUGAAUCAUUCCUUUUACUGAACACUUAUUCUCCAAACAAUGGAUGGAAGGAGGAGGAAAAUGCAUUUCAAAGAAGACGUAAGUGGGACAAGAGGAUGCUGGAAUUUGUUCAACACGUGGAUAAACCCUUAAUCUGGUGUGGGGACUUGAAUGUCAGUAUGAUAUUUUUCAGAGACAUACUUUUCGUCAUAUGCUUCACUUUAUUUGAACAUUCCAGUCAUGAAGAAAUCGACGUCAGCCAUCCUGAUUUCUUUAGCAGCGCUAAGCUGAAUGGAUACACCCCACCCAAUAAAGAGGACUGUGGACAGCCAGGAUUCACCCCAGCAGAGAGACGGCGUUUUGGCAACAUAUUAUUCCAAGGAAAGCUGGUAGAUGCUUACAGGCACCUGCACAAAGAAAAGGACAUAGACGGUGGCUUCUCUUGGUCCGGUCAUCCAAUUGGCAAGUACCGAGGAAAGAGAAUGAGGAUCGACUACUUCCUUGUUUCGGAACAGUUAAAGGACAGAAUAGUUUCAUGUGAAAUGCAUGGCCGUGGCAUUGAAUUGGAUGGAUUUUAUGGAAGUGACCACUGCCCUGUUUCGCUUGAGCUUUCCGAAGCUGUAGCAGAAGAAGCACCAGGACAGCCCAAGCCAUCCAUCUAAAUAUACCACCAUGGUGGUCAUUGUUGAGACAUUUCCGGUCCUUCAUUAAACCUGACUGUUCCAUGCAUUGCCUACUCUAGGUAGCUGAGGUUUGAUUGUAGGUAUUAUUAUGAUCCCAGUAGGUUACCAGUUCCUGUGGUCAGGGCUGGUAUAGUUUAGGGAUCAUUGCCAUUUAAGCAGUGCAAUUUGGACAUCUCAUUCUGCUUGAAAUGUUGUUUGUCUAAGAGCAGCCAUGGACUACCUAAUACCUCAUGGGGAUCGAAGAGAUUAAUCCCUUCGUAUCCAAUUUUAACUAGCAAGGGAUUUAAUCCACCCCUAACAAGCACAAUAAAAUCUUGUUCGUUUUUUCUACCA